GGGAAGAGCACCCGCGCUGCCGGAAGUGGCCGCGCGUUUUUAGCCGCUGCGACCGUGGCGCGAGAGCCGAGGGGUCGCCAUGGAGCAAUGGGAGCCGGACGCCGACGCUGACGCCGACGAUGCCAUGGACGCGUUCCUGGAAAAGUUCCAGAACGAGCCUUACAGCGGCGGCUUCCACGAGGACCAGUGGGAGGAGGAAUUUGAAAAGGUCCCCCUAUUUAUGAGGAAAGCGCCAUCCGAAAUUGAUCCCAACGAAAAUCCUGACUUGGCUUGCCUCCAGUCAAUUAUUUUUGAUGAAGAACGAUCUCCAGAAGAACAGGCCAAGACCUACAAGAAUGAGGGCAAUGAUUACUUUAAAGAAAAAGACUAUAAAAAAGCUGUGAUUUCGUACUCUGAAGGAUUAAAGAAGAAAUGCACAGACCCUGAUUUGAAUGCUGUCCUUUAUACGAACCGGGCAGCAGCACAGUACUAUCUUGGCAAUUUUCGUUCUGCUCUCAAUGAUGUGACAGCUGCCAAAAAGCUAAAACCCUGCCACCUCAAAGCAAUAAUAAGAGGUGCCUUAUGCCAUUUGGAACUGAAAAAUUUUGCUGAGGCUGUGAACUGGUGUGAUGAAGGGUUGCAGAUAGAUGCCAGAGAGAAGAAGCUUCUGGAAAUGAGGGCUAAAGCAGACAAACUGAAGGUCUGUCUGCACUGCUUAUACUAUGGAGGGGGAAUUCUCAGUGCUAUGGGAGCCUUCAGCUGGCCCUACAAAGGGAGAACUGAACAGAGGGAUAUAAGAAAAGCAAAGAUGAAAGAAAAGAAGGAGCAGAAUCAUAAUAAGGCUUUACUCCAGGCCGUCAAGGCUAGGAACAUCAAGCUAGUCUCUGAAGCUGCCAGUGAGGAUGAAGAUUCAGACUCAGAAGAUCUAGGUGAGCUUUCCCUGGAUCGGCUCAGCUCGGAGAACCGCUAUGGAGCCAGGCUGAGUGUAGAUGAGCAGGGCAGGUUAAGCUGGCCCGUGCUCUUUCUGUACCCAGAGCACACCCAGUCGGACUUCAUCGCUGCUUUUCACGAGGACUCCAGGUUUAUUGAUCAUCUGAUGGUGAUGUUUGGUGAAACACCCUCUUGGGACUUAGAGCAAAAAUACUGCCCUAAUAAUUUAGAGAUCUACUUUGAGGAUGAUGGUGGGACAGAACUCUACCGGGUGCCUCUCAAGAGCACCCUGUUGCACGUGCUGCAGCACCCCAGGUACUUUGUAAAAGCCCUGAUACCAGCAUUUUUGGUCUGUGUAGGAGCCUCUGGUUUUUCUAAGAAUUACGUCCGGGGGAAAAAGGUGCAUCAGGUAAAGUGACUGAGCCAGGCCCCUGGAUCUCAUCCCUCACUCUCCUCUGCCUGGAAUCAUCUGAACCCAACACUUUAUUUCUGCCACCCUGGGGACAGUCCUUCCAUGCAUCAUGGUGGGGGAAGAACUGCUGACUUCCCUGAACUACAUCCUCUUUGCUCAGUGCCAAGUUCCAGCUGGUCUCUACUCUCCUCUGUUGAUACAAAAUUGUACCUUGGUCAUGGCAUCCUUGGAGUCACUGUGAGCUGUGUUAGCCAUCAGCCUCCAUUCCCUGAAGGGACCAUCUUACCAUUACCACAGGAACUGACCUGAGGAAGUACUGACCUGUAGACACAGGCUCAGGAUCCAGUGCCAUGGUUCUGGACCUUAGUGGUGUUGGCAGCCUCAGAGAAGCUCUCUCUCAAACCACGCGAGUAAUUUUAAGGCAUUCAAGCUUAGAGACUCCAGCCUGCAGGUAUUUCAUGAGCAGAGAGGCUUGCUGUAUGGGGACGGUAGACCCUUGGAGUGAGAUGGGGUCAGGAAAGCCAGUUCCUGUUUCUGCACCUGUAAAGACCUAUCAAUGGGUCCAAAACCCCUAAAAAGUUGACCAGUUUUUCUGACCUGUAUGGUAGGGAGAACUGUGACAGACUUGUUCCCCUUCAGUGUUCAGAUUUUAGGAUCUUGCGCCUCUUAAAAACCUUUGCAGUUGAGUCAUUGUCAUAGGUUGUAUGUUUGUCUAUAGCCAUUUGCCUCCUGCUCCCUAGAGGGUAGUAAGUACGUGGCCUCACCUGCAGCCCUGUGAUGUCUUGCAGUACCUACUCCACCCACCAGGGGAUGCAGAGGGAUGUGGGUGGACGUGUCCAGACAGAAGGUUGGUAAGUUCAUGUGCUUUUCCUUCUGUCAUGAACAUAUUUCCCAGGUAGGGGCUCUUCCAUCAGCCUGGGUACCAGAAUGGCAAGACACGUGGAGCAGAGCUGAAGCAACUGGCCUGUAGAGUCGAUCGUAACGUGAACUAGAAAUAAAUGUUGUUGUAGUAGUAAGCAGUUUGUUACUAUAGCAAAGCUAAAUAAUACAUCAUUAAACUGAAACCUGCUGCUGUCCUCAAAA